AGAAGCUGCUGAACUCUGCCCGAGGAAACCACACGAGCCAACAGUUGCUGCACUCGUGAAGUGGUCCUCGGGGGCGCUGAGUCUCUCAGUCUCCGGGCAGUGCACCCCUACUUUAUUUUGGCGCACCGAAGAGGAAGCGAAGCGUGUGAAGGGAAUCUAGAUCUUCUGGCUCCCCGGGGACCCAGACUGUGUGUUCUGCAUACAAGGUGACCACCGCCCCCAGGUAUUACCAUUUAAAGAAACCUACUUGCCAGCAAAUCUAUGAUAAAAAAUAUAAGUAACAGAGGAAAUCAUAACUGUUAUUUGUCAAGUGACAAGCUUUUAAUGUCAGAAUGGCUCACCUAAAGCGACUAGUGAAAUUACAUGUUAAAAGACAUUACCAUAAAAAGUUCUGGAAGCUUGGUGCAGUAGUUUUUUUCUUUAUAAUAGUUUUAAUUUUAAUGCAAAGAGAAGUAAGUGUUCAGUAUUCCAAAGAGGAAUCAAGGAUGGAAAGACACAUGAAAAACAAAAACAAGAUGCUUGAUUUAAUGCUGGAAGCUGUAAACAAUAUCAAAGAUGCAAUGCCAAAAAUGCAAAUAGGAGCACCUGUCAGGGAAAACAUUGAUGCUGGUGAGAGACCCUGUUUGCAAGGAUAUUACACAGCAGCAGAACUGAAACCCAUUCUUGACCGGCCACCUCAGGAUUCUAAUGCACCUGGUGCUUCUGGUAAAGCAUUCAAGACAACCAAUUUAAGUAUUGAAGAGCAAAAAGAAAAAGAACGUGGGGAAGCAAAACACUGUUUUAAUGCUUUUGCAAGUGACAGGAUUUCUUUACACCGAGAUCUUGGACCAGACACUCGACCUCCUGAAUGUAUUGAACAAAAAUUUAAGCGCUGCCCUCCCCUGCCUACCACCAGUGUCAUAAUAGUUUUUCAUAAUGAAGCGUGGUCCACGCUGCUUAGAACUGUCCACAGUGUGCUUUAUUCUUCACCUGCAAUACUGCUAAAGGAAAUCAUUUUGGUGGAUGAUGCUAGUGUAGAUGAGUACUUACAUGAUAAACUAGAGGAAUAUAUAAAACAAUUUUCUAUAGUAAAAAUAGUCAGACAAAAGGAAAGAAAAGGUCUGAUCACUGCUCGGUUGCUAGGAGCAACAGUAGCAACAGCUGAAACGCUCACAUUUUUAGAUGCUCACUGUGAGUGUUUCUAUGGUUGGUUAGAACCUUUGUUGGCCAGAAUAGCUGAGAACUACACUGCUGUUGUGAGUCCAGAUAUUGCAUCCAUAGAUAUGAACACGUUUGAAUUCAAUAAACCUUCUCCCUAUGGAUUUAACCAUAAUCGUGGAAAUUUUGACUGGAGUCUCUCAUUCGGCUGGGAAUCACUUCCUGAUCACGAGAAGCGCAGAAGGAAAGAUGAAACCUACCCAAUUAAAACACCCACCUUUGCAGGAGGCCUUUUUUCCAUAUCAAAAAAAUAUUUUGAGUAUAUUGGAAGUUACGAUGAAGAAAUGGAAAUCUGGGGAGGUGAAAAUAUAGAAAUGUCUUUCAGAGUAUGGCAAUGUGGUGGGCAGUUGGAGAUUAUGCCUUGCUCUGUUGUUGGACAUGUUUUUCGCAGCAAAAGCCCUCAUUCCUUUCCAAAAGGCACUCAGGUGAUUGCUCGAAACCAAGUUCGCCUUGCCGAAGUCUGGAUGGAUGAAUAUAAGGAAAUAUUUUACAGGAGAAACACAGACGCAGCAAAAAUUGUUAAACAAAAAUCAUUUGGAGAUCUUUCAAAAAGAUUUGAAAUAAAACAGCGCCUUCAAUGUAAAAAUUUUACAUGGUAUCUGAACAAUAUUUAUCCAGAAGCCUAUGUGCCAGACCUUAAUCCUGUUAUAUCUGGAUAUAUUAAAAGUGUGGGUCAGCCUCUAUGUCUGGAUGUUGGAGAAAAUAAUCAAGGAGACAAACCAUUAAUUUUGUAUACGUGUCAUGGACUUGGGGGAAACCAGUACUUUGAAUACUCUGCUCAUCAUGAAAUUCGGCACAACAUCCAGAAGGAAUUAUGUAUUCAUGCAGCUGAAGGUCCCGUUCAGCUGAAGGCCUGUUCCUACAAAGGUCACAAGACAGUUGUCACUAUAGAACAGAUAUGGGAGAUCCAGAAGGAUCAACUUCUGUAUAAUCCAUUCUUUAAAAUGUGCCUUUCAGCAAAUGGAGAGCAUCCGAACUUAGUGUCAUGCAAUCCAUCAGAUCCACUCCAAAAAUGGAUAUUUAGCCAAAAUGAUUAAGUGUUCCUUAAAAUUAAGGAGUUGAAAAAAGAGAUAUUCUUUCUCAUAAAACUGUGACUAGGCAUACACUGUAGUUUUUGAAAAUUAUGAAAAAGCAGCUAAUUGUAACUUAUUCCAAGUGCAUUUUUCUUAUUUAUAUCUUAAAAUGUCUAUGUAGUACUGCUACAGAAAUCCUGUAAGUUUCUGUUUCAAAGCACAAUAACUAGUAAUACCAAAGACUAUUUUCAAAUGUCCAGAUACAGAAGAAGAGAUGUUUACAGUAUGAUGAAAAUAAUUUUCCAAGUACAGUGAUGUUUGUGUGUUUUGUACACUUAAGGAUUACAUAGCUACAUUCACACUCACAAUUUAAAAUAUUUCCCCUAGUUUUUGGGGGGAAGGAAGAAAGAUUUGAUACCAUAUUUUUUUUAACUACAUAGAAAUGGAUCAAUGAAGGCCAAGUAUUGGCCUUUAUUUACAAACCAAGAAGUUUUUAUAGAUCUAGAAUUUAUUAUUUUAAAAUGCAGAUAAACUUUUUUUUGCCGUUUGUUUACUUGUCUGUCAAAUGUUUCCUUAAACUUGAAAUUGAAUGAGGAGAGGAAUAUUUUUAAUGCUUAAAUUUCUUGGCAAAUUUUAAAAUAUUUUUUAGUCUGAAGCCCACUCCACUUGAAGCACUUAAGUCUUCCUUAAAUGACUUUUUUAAAUUAACUAUACUGUGUUUUCCCAAAGCACUUUAAAAACAAAAAACUUUACAAAUCACUCUCUGUUGAAAAGGCAUCCUUUUCAUUUCUGCUGGUCGUCAUUUUCUUACCAAAUUUCACUAAUCUUGAAUGUUUGUGAUAUUGAAUUUCAAAAACAGAAUACUUAACCCAUUUAAAGCUAAAUUUUGUUACAGAUUCAAUUAUAAUUGUAAUAGAUUUUUGUCUUUGUAAUGGAUUUUUUCAUCAAAAAAGGCCUUAUUUUAAUCUAUGUAGAAAACACAAUAAAAAAAUCCUCAACACUACUGUAA